UCGAUAAUGAUGUAGAGAAAGCGCCAUCUAUUACGGCUAUGAGUUCCACAGACCAGUCGGGCGAUUCAUCGAGUGACAGGGACGUGGAAUAUUAUUAUCGCCCAGGUGGUCGCAGGACAGAAGGACUCAAGGCAGCUGACAUUGUUCCUAUUCUUCGGGAGAGGGUGGCCUACCUGUCUGGCGGAAGGGACAAGCGAGGCGGCCCAAUUCUGACGUUCCCCUCUAACACUCACCCUGACAAGCUCAAGUAUGAAGACCUUCGACGCCUCAUGACCUACUUAGCCAGUGUUCCAAGCGACGAUGUGCGUGAUAAAGGCUUCACCAUUAUCCUGGAUAUGAGAGGGUCCACCUGGCAGAGUGUCAAACCCAUCCUCAAGGCUCUACAGGAAUGCUUCCCUGGCAACAUUUUCAUCGCAUUUAUAAUCAAACCAGAGAAGUUCUGGGAAAAACAACGGACCAGUCUGGGAAGUUCCAAAUACAACUUUGAGACUCACAUGAUAUCUGUGGACAAUCUAAUCAAAGCGGUGGAUCGGGCCCAGCUGACGCGGGAGUUUGAAGGCACACUGGAAUAUGACCAUGAGCAGUGGAUCAAGCUACGACUGAUGCUGGAAGAGUUCAUUUGGAAGGCCUUGGACCUCCUCGACAAGCUGGACGAGCUUAGCGGGAUCCUGACAAACCCCGACCUCCCCGGCGACCUCCCGGAGGCCCAGAAGCGCCUUGAGGACCACAAUCACCUGAAGAAGCAUGUUACCAUGGCGCCCGUGGAGCAGCUGGGGAGGGAGGGGCAGUACAUUCUGUGCAGCAUCACGGGGGAGGGCUUUGACCAAGCAGGGCCAGGUGUUAGGUUCGUUAUCUCAGGUAAUGCAGACUUCCAGAGCGCGGUGCCCCAGAUCUCUCAGCUAUUAGAGAACCUCCACUCCACCAAACAGCACCUCAACCAGCUGUGGACCGUGAAGAGGUCACGACUGGAACAGUGUUUGCAGCUCAAGAUCUUUGAGGACGACGUGGACAAGAUGUUCAAUUGGAUCUACCACAAUCGUGACAUGUUUCUAGUAAAUUAUACAGAGAUCGGGAUGUCACACAAGUUUGCUGUUGAACUUGAGAAUGAACACAGCCAGUUUGCAAACAGUGCAGUGAACGUGUAUGUAAAUAUUACGCGGAUAUUGAGUAUGGCCCAGCGACUGUGUGAUGCUGGACAUUACGCACAGAACCUGAUCCGUAUCCAGGCCGCAAAGCUGGAACGAGAAUGGAAGAGUCUGGCUGCUGCCUUAGAUGACCGCAGUACCGUACUGAGCAUGUCUGUCAUGUUCCACAAGAAAGCCGAAACAUACCUGGCUCAGGUGUCAGGCUGGCGUCUAGCCUGUGAGAGUCCCAACAUCCCGGCGAGCAUCGAGGAGCUUGAAGACGCGCUGCAGAAGCACCAGGCACUCAUUGAACUGAUCAGCCAAGCCUAUGCGGAGGUGUGUGGGGACGGGAAGGCCCUCCUUGAUACGCUGCAGACGCCAGUGUCGUCUGGGAGUUCAAACUCACUCACGGCCAAGGCGGAUUACUCGGAGGCUGCUGGGCAUGUCUUGGACGUUGUUCAUGAGGUGCUCGCCCACCAGCGCCACCUGGAGCAGCUUUGGCAUGGCAAGAAGGUGAAGCUGCAUCAGAGACUCGGGCUCAGGCUCUUCCAGCAGGAUGUUAAACAGGUGAUAGACUGGUUGGAUAACCAUGGCGAUGUCUUCCUAAAGAAAAACACUUCCAUUGGUCGCAGUCUUCAAAGGUCGAGGGCACUGCAGAAAAGUCAUGAGCACUUUGAGUCUGUUGCCAAGAAUACCAUAACCAAUGCUGAAAAACUGCUGGCUGCUGCUGACGAAUUAGCCCAAACUGGGGAAUGUGACCCAAAGGAAAUCUACAAUGAAGCUCAUGAAUUGGAGGAAAGAAUGUCUAGUUUCCUAGCUGCAUUGGCAAGACGGAGGUCAGCUCUGGACAUGACCGUCUCCUUCCACUCUCAUGUGCAUGCGCUGACGUGCUGGCUGGAGGAGCUGCAGAGUGAGCUACAGAGUUCAGAGAUAGCCGACAAUGUGGAGGGGGCGGAGCAGCUGAUUGCACAAUUUAACCAGCAAAGGGACACCACUCUGGACGCUGCCAUGAACACUGUUGGGGAGGGAGAGAACCUGCUGGAACAGCUCAGGAUUUUCAACCAUGAUCCAGAGAAAUCCAACCAGAACAGCGACUACACGCACAUUGAAAGUACGCUGCGCCAGCUCAAUGACAGCCGCUCUAAGCUUGAGGACCUCUGGGCGGCAAGGAAGCUCAAACUUGAGCUCUGUUUGCAGCUGCGCAUGUUUGAGAGAGAUGCACUUGAGGUGUCCUCACAGCUGGAGCUGUGGGCAGAGGAGCUGCAGCAUCAGGAGUUGGUAACCGACGGUAACAAGGCCGAGCAGAUGCUGGUCAUGCACAACGAGAGCGUGCUACACAUGCAGAACUGCACUUUUGAGGUGCUGCAGAGGGGUCAAGAGUUGGCACAGCUGUUCGAGACGACCGGCAUACAGCUGAUGGCAGACACGCACUAUGAGGCCCCAAUCCGUAUCCAGGAGUUACUGGAGUACCUGCACGAACGGGAGGUUGAUCUCGAGACCCUGGCAGACUCGAAACGGGCUCGACUCGAGCAGUGUGUGCAGUUGAGGAACUUUGAAGUUGAGGCUCGACAGGUGAUAUCAUGGAUUCGUAAUGGAGAGUCGAUGCUAAAUGCCAGUUUCAUGUGCCCCAACUCUCUCCCGGAGGCCGAGUCACUGAAGAAGGAACAAGACCAGUUUAUGAUGGCCAUUGAGAAGACACACUACAGCGUCGUCCAGGUGAUUCAAAAAGCAGAAGCGAUGAUAGGCAUACAGCACUACAACAUGGACCUGGUCCGAGCCAUCACUGAGAAUGUGUCCCUGGCCUGGAACCAGCUGAGGAACCACAGUGAGGAGAGGCACAAACUUGUCAUGGCCUCCAUGACAUGGUACAAGACUGCUGAGCAGGUGUGGUCAGUUCUAGAGAGCCUGGAUCGAGACUACAAACGUGACGAGGACUGGUGUGGGACAGAAAGAGCCAGUGUGUCGGAUAAGCCCAGCUAUAUGGUGCAGCUCAUCAACAAACACAACGAGCAGAAGGAGGCUUUCCUCAAGGCCUGCACGCUGGCACGUCGUACAGCUGAGAGCUUCCUGAAGUACGUGAACCGUAACCUUCACACAGUGGGCAUGCAGAUGAAGUUCAGGUCUACAGAGGCUCAUGUCAAGAAGACGCUGGACUCGCUGCUACAACAAGAGAACAUGGUGAUCGAGUUCUGGACGGUGAAGAAGAAGAAACUGGAGCAGUGCCACCAGUAUGUCCUCUUUGAACAGAGCGCCAAGCAGGUUUUGGAAUGGAUAAAAGACUACGGGGAGUCGUACCUGAACACUCACCAGAAACUGGGCAGCACUCAACAAGAGACCGAGGCACUACUCAAGGAGCACCAUGACUUUAGGGCACGGGCUAAGGAGAACAAGGAGAACGUGAAGCUGCUUCUCUCAUUGGCUGAUGGGUUCGUUGCUAAGGGCAACAUGCACGCCAACAACAUCCGCGCCUGGUGUUCGGCGGUUGACAAGCGGUACAAGGAGUUCUCAACCCGAAUGGAGAAGUACCGCACGAAACUGGAGCAGACGCUAGGAGUGCACCAGGAGGAGGAGCCGCAGAAAGAGGAGGACACCCAGAGACACAGUGACUCUUCACUGGAGGAGAAAGUCUUCAAGCAGGCCCCCAAAGAGCUCACGGAGGAGAAGAGGCGGUCCGCACGCAGGAGAGAAUUUAUCAUGGCAGAGUUACUUCACACGGAGAGAACAUUUGUGAAAGACUUGGAGACGUGUAUAAAGUGCUACCAGAAUGAAAUGCAGGACCCGGACAACUUCAUGCCGUCCGGGAUUCAGAACAAGCACAAGGUCAUCUUUGGAAACAUGGAGGAGAUUCAUGAGUUUCACAAGAAUGUUUUCCUGAAGGAACUGGAAAAGUACGAGACAAUUCCUGAAGACAUUGGCCAUUGCUUUGUGACUUGGGCGGAGCGGUUUUCCAUUUACGUGACCUACUGCAAGAAUAAACCGGAUUCCAAUCAGAUGUUGUUAGACCAUGCGGGCGUUUUCUUUGAGGAUAUGCAGAAAAAGCACCAGCUUAGUGAACCAGUCGCCUCAUACCUCAUCAAACCAGUCCAGAGGGUUACAAAGUACCAAUUGUUGCUGAAGGAUCUGCUCUCUUGCUGUGAGGGGCAUACUGGUGAAAUAAAGGAUGCACUGGAGGUGAUGGUGAACGUACCCAAGAAGGCCAACGACGCGAUGCACCUCUCCAUGUUGGAGGGUCUCGAGGACUCGCUGGAGGCACUAGGGGAGGUAAUCCUGCAAGAAAACUUCACCGUGUGGGACCCCAAACAGCUGAUCAAGAAGGGCCGCGAGCGACACAUCUUCCUCUUUGAUAUGUGCCUCAUCUUCGCCAAGGACUCCAAGGACAGCAACGGGAAGACCAAGUACAUGUACAAGUUCAAACUCAUGAUUUCAGAGGUGAACAUUACGGAGCACAUUGAGGGAGACGCCACCAAGUUUGCCCUGUGGACGGGACGGGCUCCCAUAUCAGAGUACAAGAUUGUACUGAAGGCACAGACCUUAGAUGUGAAACAGGUGUGGGUCAGAAAGCUGCGAGAGCUGAUACAGGAGCGAAUGAUGUACAUCCAUGAGGCAUUCAAGGACAAGCAGCCCUCUGUGUUCAAACAACCACCCAAGAUCAGCAUGCCUGUCCGUGUUCAGAGGGAGCUCGAGAGUGACUACGAUGAACUGCCCAUGGGUCGCUGUGGUUCCCUCAGCAGCAUGAAUUCAAUGGCAACCACGGUAACCACCGACAGCAGCAGCAGUGGCAGCAGCAAGAAUGAUGUGACUAUCGUCGUCGACGAUUUUGCAGCUAGCAACAACUCUGAGCUCACCAUUCACAGAGGUCAGCAGGUGGAGGUUAUCGACCUGUCCCCAGGGCAACCAAACUGGUGCUACGUGCGCACGCUGCAGGGGGAGGGGCUUGAGCAAGGUCAAGGACUGGUCCCCACUGCAUCACUUAAACCAAUUCCCAGGCUGCUAGGACCAGGGUCAAGGUCUAGCCUUGAGUUUGAAGACUCGCCCGAGGCCAGUCCUAGCUCCUCACACAGCAGUCUGCAGCACAACCAGUCAUCCCCGGUCAUCAAGAGAAGGAGUAGCAGCAGCAGCUUCAGAAAAUGGCUAACAAAUCCAGUACGUAAGCUGAGUACCAACAAAUUGGAAAAGGGAAACGUCUCAAAUCUGGAGGUUCAGCGAGGGGAACACUUUGAGCGCCGAAACAUGCGACCUCUUGGGGCACACAAGGGCAACACAGAGGGUAGUUUAGAGGACCAGAUCAUUACCCAGGAUGUCACGUCCGGAUUUCCGCCACCGCCGCACAGGCUCGAACCGGAAGAAUCCCUGGAGCCCGCACCCGACAUUGAGAUCCCCCCACCCAUGCCUGUCCAGGACCAGUCGCACAUCAUGAAUAUCGGGAAAGCUGAUGGCGGUGACAACCUUGCGGACAAAAUUGCCUCAUCAUUGUCUUUGAAACCACAAGGGGAUAAUUCGGUAGACUUCGCAAAUGAAAUAGAAAACCUUGCCAAACUUAGAAUGCAGCCAGACACAUCAUCAGAGAGAGGACAGGCAUCAGACUCGGGAGGGGAGGAAGAUAAGGAGGCAGAAAAAGAAAAAUGCCUAAAGAAACGACAGUAUGUGAUAACAGAAUUGAUUGAGACGGAACAGGACUAUGUGAAGGAUCUUGGGAGUGUGGUAGAGGGCUACAAGGGCCACAUUGAGGAAUGUGAGCUGCCAGAAGACAUGAAGGAGAAAUGCAAGAUUGUCUUUGGAAACAUUCACCAGAUUUACGACUUCCACAAAGAGACGUUUUCUGAAGAGCUUCAGAAGUGUCUAGAAGAGCCUGACAGAUUAGCUGGACUGUUCCUUCGUUAUGAGCGAAGACUGGGCAUGUACGUGAAAUACUGCGAAAACAAACCAAAGUCAGAGUACAUUGUCUCAGAGUAUAUCGACGGCUUCUUUGAGGAAAUUCGACAGAAGCUCGGUCAUCGACUAAACUUGGCUGACCUUCUCAUAAAACCUGUACAGAGAAUCAUGAAAUACCAACUUAUAUUAAAGGACAUAUUGAAGUAUACAGAGAGGGCUGGUCUGGACAUAGACCCCCUGCGGAGGGCAUACCAUGUGAUGUGUGUCGUACCCAAGGAUGCCAACGACAUGAUGCAGUUCGGCAGGCUCCAGGGCUACGAUGGAAAGAUAACUGCUGUAGGGAAGCUCCUUCUCCAGGGAAACCUCUCCGUUGCCGAGUUAACUGGUAACUCUGUGAGCAGAGGACAACUGAAGUUCAAGGACCGGCGCGUGUUUCUCUUUGAGCAGAUCGUUCUGUUCAGCGAGAUGACGGAGAAGAAACGUGGCAACAUCGUCAGCGAGUACUACCUGUUUAAGAAUAGCUUGAAGGUGAACAAGAUGUCAAUGACAGACAACUGGGAGAGUGACCCCCUGAAGUUCAUACUGCGAGACCUGUCCCCCGGGGCCGACGUGAAGUUUGUGAUUCAGGCGCCCUCGGAGGACGUGAAGACGCAGUGGGUCUCUGCCAUACAGAAGAUACUGGAGAUGCAGGGAGAUUUUCUCAGAGCAUUGCAAUCACCCAUAGCGUACUAUAACAAGGACAAGGAGCUCACCAAAGAAUUCCCGGGCAAUGUGUCCCCUCCUGUAUCUGCCCCGGAACUCGGUAACAGUAGCAAGGACGGACAACUGCGUAAGACCCACUCGCAGCCCCACCCCUCUAGGGGCAGCAACUCCGCCCAAAACAGCUUAAAGGGCCGCAACCAAGAAGACACUCACAACAAACACUAUCGCUGUAAAUCUGUGCCAACCCCAUUAAACGAGGUUGUGACAACUCAAGACAAGAGUCGUGUUGUGGCGAACGUUAGUGAUGUCAGCGACGUCGAGCCGCAAAAUUGCAGCAGUGACGGGCUAUCGUUGUUGUCGAGCGAUAGGACGGACCGGACUGAUAAGAAAUAUGUUAUUCGAGAGUCGUCAUGCCCCAACACACCUACCACAGAAUGUUCGAAAGGGUUUCUUCAAAAAAAGACUGCUAAAUCCUCUAGCUCUACUAGUUUUAAGGACAGUGCCGUGGACUUCUUGUCGAAGUCCAAAGGAUUUCAUGGGGCAGGCUUAAAAUCAAAAGAUAAUGGUGAACACCCGACAGACUUGAAAUAUGCAACUCCUGUGGGGGUAGAUUCCACAGGCAACGGAAAUCAAACAGUAGAAUCCCCGAGUGAAAACGGAAACGAGGGGUUAGAAAAUGAACAAAACUUGGUAAGUUAACCUUCAUAUUAUACUUGUGGAUGCUGAACCUUACAUGACAUUUUCUAUUAACCCCCCUGUGGAUGUGAAUGCCGGAAAUGGAAUGUUUUGUGAAGGAAUGUUAGAUUUUAACACUUACACACACGGGAAUGUGCACAUGACUGCAGGAUAGUUCAACCACUGUGGACUAGUUAUGUUUGUUUGUACAUGUACUGCUUUGUUAAUCAUGUUCAAAACCUACAUGAAUGCUUUCAUACAAAACUUUGUGAUUUGUUUGUUUUAUAUUAUUAUUUAUCAUCAUGUUUUAUUUAUUAUUAAUUCACAUAGUUUUUUUGUAAUAAAUAAUAUGUGUUUCGAAUGUCUGUGUGUAAGGACUAAUGUAUGCCAUUUUGAACAAUAGUUUUGUGUGUGUUCAACACCAUAUCCGAGAAUGUUUGUUACUCAGCUCUAGCUACAAUCAUAAAUGUGCCCUGGGGUCGUAUUCCAGAAACAUCUUGAGUCAUUUCUUAAAUAUUUUCACUUGAGUUCAAAAUUACAAUGUUUUGUAUUUCUUUACUAAAUAAAGACAUGCAUGUUUUUUUGGUAUUCCUCAAAUAAGAUUGAUAUAAUGAUGUUAUUUUUAUGUAGUUGUCUAUGCCUCACUAUUGCAGUAUGAAAUGAAACACUUAAGAAAAAUUCCUCAAUUAAGGAUAAAAAUAAAAUUUAACUUAAGAUGCUUCUGGAAUACCACCCCAGUUAAACACACCAAUGCAAUCUUGCUAGUGUUCAAACUUGUUUUUGACAACUUUCUGGCCUUUUAUUGCAUUUAUAUCUCAUAUAUAUGUCCCUUAAUUGCCUUGCCUGUUCCUAUUGCCACAUUCAGUAAAUGCUGAUCUUUAAAAGGUCAUUUCAGUUUGUCAAUUGCCUUAAAUAAAAGUCUAGUUGAUGUUAAUAAUUUCUUCUGCUGUAAUUGUUGAGAAUUUCUCGAGUUUUAUGUUUUUAAUAUGAAAAAUUUUAAUCUCAAUUAAGGUCUUACGAUAAUGCACGUUUUUCCAUGAACAUUUUAUUCUUCUCACAAAAUAGUUUAACCCUUUCAGUGCGGGAACCGAAUUUUAAAGGCCUUUGCAAACAAUUUGGAUCCAGAUGAGACGCCACAGAACGUGGCGUCUCAUCAGGAUCCAAACUGUUUGCUAUUCUGAUAGUAUUCUUUGAAAAAAAUCGAAGAAAAUGCUAAUUUUUGAAAUUCAGCAGACGACAUUUAAGCAGACGACAAAUUUCCCAGCAUGCAAAGGGUUAACAAGGAAUUUCCAUACAGCAAAUGUCACCACCAGAGAAAAAGAUUUAGUUUCCAGAUAUGCUUGCUGUAAAUAGUUUAACCAAUACAAUAAGCAUGUGAUACACCAUUUGCAUCACUAUGUACCAAUUUUGUUUGUAGUCCAAAUCUGGAAAAUAUCAAACAUAACGGAGAAUUUAAUGUGGGCUAUUUCUUGUAUGCUGUAAGUGAAAAUUGUUCCAUUAAUACAUGUGUAAUGCUUACUUUCAUAUUUGAAUAGUAAUUUUCAAUACAUUUGGAGUUUUCUGUCAUCAUCAAGUGACAAAUGCUUGAUAUAAAUUACGUAUAAGGUGAUUCUCAUGACACACUUAGAAAUUGAGCCACUCUCUGGGACAUCUGGGCUUAACCCUUUGCAUGCUGGGAAAUUUGUCGUCUGCAAAAAUGUUGUCUGCUGAAUUUCUAAAAUUAGCAUUUUCUUCGAUUUUUUUCGAAGAAUACUAUCAGAAUAGCAAGCAGUUUGGAUCCUGAUGAGACGCCACGUUCUGUGGCGUCUCAUCUGGAUCCAAACUGUUUGCAAAGGCCUUCAAAAUUCGGUACCCGCACUGAAAGGGUUAAAGCAUGGGUGUAAAGUUUCGUACCAGAAUAGCCUGUGCUGUAUGCAGAGGCUAAUCAGGGAAGACAUCGUCUGCUUUAAUGGAAUUUUGUGUAACAAGGAAAUCCCUUUGAAAAAAACUCCACUUUAGGCAGAAAGUGUUGUCCCUGAUUAGCCUCUUCAGAGUGCACAGGCUAAUAUGUGUUGAAAAUGUACACCCAUCUGAUUAGCCUCUUCCGAGUGCACAGGCUAAUAUGUGUUGAAAAUGAACACCCAUGCCUUAAGCCCUGAUUUCCCAGAACAAGGCUUAAUUGAUGAGAGACAUGGGAGAGCUCAAGGAAUAUAACUCUCAUUACUAGACAUUGGAAACAACAAGUAGUUGAUUGCUAAUUGCACACAAUAUCUUCUUACCUAAGUUCAGUUUUUUCAAUUGCGAAUUUUAUCAGUAAGUGAUAAGAGAAUUAUCUUUGAUUUGAUUGGUUUUGCAAGGCAAUAGUGCAAAAGUAGACAUUCGUCCAUCAAGCAAGAUAUUAUUUAACAUUUAAGUGAAACAGUAUAUUGAUUUGGAAAAUGCAUGUAAUUUACAAACUUUUUCUAGAAUUCUGUUCAAAUUUCAUUAUGCUAAUCAGAUAUAUACAUGUUAAACUUUUUCUAGAAUUCUGUUCAAAUUUCAUUAUGCUAAUCAGAUAUAUACAUGUUUGUGUGUACUUUAUCAUAAGGGUCUUAAUUGUUAUUUGGGGAUCAGUUCUAUUUUUGUGAUCUGACCUCAUAUCUUUGUUCUGCUGAUGGUCUAUGUGAGAUUUCUGUAUGAGACUGUAUGGGUUAGUGGAGACUUGAUAUAAGUCGUGUUCUGAGAAAACAGGGCAUUAUGCAUGUGCGCACAGGCUAAUCAGGGACGACAUUAUCAUUCCAGUUCGCACGGGCUUAUCAGGGAUGACUAUCCGCUUUCAUGGUAGUUUUCGUUUAAGAAGUCUGUAAGCAUAAAACCAGUUGCGUCAGAAAGUGUUGUUUUUCUUUAGCCUGUGCUGACUUAACAGGCUAAUCUGGCAUGACACUUAACACAAGUGCUAUAAGCCCUGUUUUCCCAUAGCCAGGCUUAUAUCAAGUUACACUACCACUGCUCUGAUAAUGAAUGGCAUGUUUGUACAUGGAGGGUUUAGUGUGAAACUAUUGUAUCUUCUUCACAUUUCUGUAUAAGAUACAAUAUUGUCACGUUCAACGCUCAACAUGUACUUGUUGCAUUAUUUAACUGUAUAGUCCUUGUGACAACUAGAACAAUGUUUAGGAAUAAAUGGCUGAAACUGUCAA